AUGGACACACUGUUCAUGAAUAACACUGAUGUGGAGAUUUUGCUGCUUUGUUUCCCACACCAGCCUGACUCCUGCCUUAAAAUGACACGUUUCCUUAUCAUUAGAGUGACCAUGUAUUUCUUAACACUAAUUUCUAUCCUUAUGACUGUUUUUGGGAAUCUGUUGGUCAUCAUCACAAUUUCCCAUUUUAAACAGCUGCAUUCACCAACUAACUUCAUCAUCCUGUCUUUGGCUUUCGUGGACUUCAUGAUGGGAUGUCUGGUCAUGCCUUUCAGUAUGGUGCGAUGGGUGGAAGGCUGCUGGUUCUUGGGAGAUCUGUUUUGUCAAAUCCAUUCCAGUUUAGACAUGACGCUAAGUAUUGCCUCCAUCCUACACCUGUGUUUGGUUUCUGUGGACAGAUACAUGGCCAUUACUGACCCUCUGGGUUAUAAGAUGAAGGUGACAAAUGGAAAUGCUUUCGUGUGUAUAGCUGUUGUUUGGAUAUUUUCCUGCAUGUUCAGCUUUGUAAUUGUGUUUUCCAAAAUUAACCUUGCUGGUCUGGAUGAACAGAUGCUAAACAUGUGUAUUGGAAACUGUGUUUUGAUUUUUAACCAGGAAUGGGGUAUUAUCGCUCCACUUCUUAACUUUUAUAUCCCAGGAGCUAUAAUGACCUGUUUGUACCUUAAAAUUUUUCAUGUUGCAAGAAAACAGGUGAGAUUAAUUUCUGGUAGAACUGCUGUGCUCACAUCUAGUGAGACUAAAAAACAAGUAUCAGAACAGAGGGAGAGAAAAGCAGCUAAAACUCUGGGUAUUGUCAUGGGCGUUUUCAUUCUGUGUUGGCUGCCUUUUUUUCUCGCCACUGUUAUUGAUCCAUUUCUCAACUUUUCAACCCCUGUUGAUGUUUUUGAUGCACUGGACUGGUUUGGUUACAGUAAUUCCAUGUUUAACCCUUUGAUCUAUGGAUUUUUCUAUCCACGUUUUAAGAAAGCAUUUAAGAUCAUCAUUGUAAGAUACCUUUUCCAUUUAAAAAGCUCAAGCAACUUAGUGCUUCAGUGA